AUGGUCCUAACGAGGUUGGCACGGCAUAUUUUUGAGUUAUAUAUAGGGUGGGCGGGGCAACAGGCGGGCGCGGGGGACAAGCAAGCCAGACACAGUUGCAGGCUAUCGAUGAGCGCUGUGUCCCAGGAUGGCGCGGAGUUUCACAAGGCGGACCGCUUUGAGGAGGGCGAGCAGCUACAACCGCAGCCGGAUGGCCAGCGGCGGUGGUUUCCUUGGUUCGGGAGCGCGGUAUCGGGCCACAGCGAUGUUGACACCGCCGUGACGGAGUCGUCGGUGCCGACCGUAGCGCUGCCGCCGCUGCAGGCGCCCACGACCUCGCUUCUACAAAGCGUGGUGGGAUGGAUGCCGUUCUGGCAGACCGCCGAGGACGGGCUGCUGAUCGACCAGAGCACGGAGUACCAUCAGCUGACUGCGAAGCAGGUGCAUACGCUGGAGCAGGAGGCGCUGCAGGCGGUAGCGCGGGGAAAUGACUCCUGGUGCUGGCACACGGAGUACCUGCCGGACAUGGGAGACAUGGCGGGGGUCUGGGGGCUGGUCGAGGGCGAGCUGAGCGUUGCGAACACCGGGUCACAGAACUGCCAGUUGCCGCUGAAGGAGUAUCCGCUCGAGGUGUGUCCGCUGGAGCACCAGUCGGAGUACGUGGUCGGCGUGAACAACUCGGUGCUUCUGCCGGGCCACUCUCCGGUGGAGUACUUCCAUCCCAUGCCGUGGACGACGCGGAUUGCGUCUGCGGUCCGUGGCUACUACGAGCCUGGCCGAGAAUCGCACCUUUACCUGAAGAAGGAAACAGAGGGCACUCUGAAGGACAAGAAGGUCAUUAUCAUAAGUAUAGUAGGGUCACUUCCCGAACGGUACGAGAAGAUGGUGUUGGAAAAGGCAUGCUCUGCGCGGUAUCUCGGAGAGCGGCUCUCGGAGCAGCUGCAAAGCGAGGCACCGCGGUCGAUCAGUGGUAUUUCGAUCCAUAGUCCGCUGGACAGAAAGCCAAUAGAGGACUGUGUGAAGGAGUGCCUCAUGCUGCUGUGUAAUUGGCGCACCUCGUUUCAGGAGUAUGACGCCUUGUUUGUCGCCGGCGUGUACCAUAGCGUGCCGCUGGCUAUCUAUCUCAUCGAAGAGAUCAUAAAGCAUCAGUCCCUGUUUCAACUGAACCGAAAGUCCACCAUUGGCCUGCUUUCAUUUAAUUCCUGUUUGCGCGGAUACCAGUUCUGGGAUCAUAGCGUGGAUACAAUCAUAGAGGAGGAUACCAAUCUGCAAGCGAGCAGGGAGAAGAUUCUGUUCCAAGGUGCGUCCAAAAUCCAACGUGAAAUCCUAUCCAAGCUCAAGAACUACGGGAAGCAGAACACUGAGGAAUCAUUGGCGAUAAAAAAGUCCCUUGACUGGCUGCUGUACAACUGCAAGUCAUUCAAGAUGACUUUGGUCAGCACUCUGCACGAUAACUUCAUGACGGUUUCCCAGAAGCUUGCAAUUGACUACGUCCAUCCCAGCUUUGUACGACAUAUUUGGUGUGAUGGCGAACAGUUGGGCCUCGAUCUGCAGGAACUCAGCGCCAGGCCUGAGUUCGCCAAGUUCGAUACUACUUAUCCGCGGAUCUUUGCUGCAGAUCUAGACAUUCCCAAGGAAAGACUCUUCGAAGUCUAUCUUGUCAGCAAUAUACUACUCGCGAUCAACCUCGGCCACGAAGAAUUCAUCCCCAUCUUGCAGCUCAUAAACCCCUUCUACAUUUCAAGAUCGUUUAACGAGCAUACAACACCGGCCAACCUCAAAAAACAAAUUCACAAUGAGCAGAAGCUGUGGCUAGCUGCUGCGGAUGCGCGCUGGAAGAAUGCGUCCUUCUGUAGCGGAAGUCGCAUCCCCGUCGAGGCCCAUACCAUCCAAGAUCUCCUGCAAUAUCUGCAGUACUGUAGACUGAAAGGCUCCAAUUCCCUCGAAAUACGUGGCUCCAUGUACUCGGACAGCAACAUUUACCGUGCAUUUGUCCACAACACUAUUCAUACCGCCCCAUUGCUGGAACGUCAGCAUGUCCGUGUCUCUGAUCACACCGUUGUUCCACAGAGCAUAUACAACGGCGUAAACCAGUACGAUCUUGUGUGGAAAUUUCAUGAGUGCCUCAGCCGAUUCAUCAAGCUACGCAAUGUCCCGCAGCAGCCUAUACCGACAAUUCUGUUCACCAUUUCCACCGAUAAUAGGUUUCUGCAUCGUAUACGUAAAGCCGCAUUCACACGUAAUACCAAAGAAUCUCUCCGAAGGCUAGAUUUAUUAUGGCAUAGCUACAAUGAGUGGAAACCCCAAACGAAGGGUUUGAAGCAGUUGCAAGAAAUCCUAAGUGUCCUCACGUUGUACAGCACUACCGAUGAUCUAGUUAAAGAUAUAGCCCGUUAA